AUGCGUCGGCAACUGCCAUUGAGGUGCACAAAGAUAGAGUUUAUCUCACCGAAACCGGAGGCACCGAUUUCCAGUACGGAAUUGCAGGCGAUAUCCCCAACCUUGCUCUACCGCAGGCUUCUCAAACUGUAUCUUCGUAAGUUUGAUACAGAUCAUAAAACCAUUAUCGCCGCGUGGAAGCAAACAAAGUUUGAGUUCUGGUAUCAUCGAAAUGAUUCACCGAAAGAGGCGGAAAUGCAAAAUAUUCGUGGUCAACAGAUUUAUGAGGCUAUUCGCGCCGGUCUAAUACCUGUGUACCAUGAUAGUAAAUCAAAUAAAACUUAUUUUAAAUAUGAUGCCGAUACAUUGAAGGCAGCUCAUAAUCAUAUUGACCCUGUGGAUGCCGAAGAGUUUAUUCGCCGAUAUCACGAUAAGAUUCCUUCGGAAGAUGUUGUGGAAAUGAAGACUAUGCUUAAAAAACUUGGUCGUUGGAAAGGACCGGAUGCACUUCGUGAUGAGGACUUACACCGUAUAAAACGUAAAGUGGUAAGAAAGCAAAAGUGUACGGAUCCGGACGAAUAA